GGUGACCUCUUUGUUGACUUUAUGCUGUUCAGAAGGGUUGCCAUAUUUCGACUUCCAAGUCAACUACGGAGUAUUCGAACUUCGACACAGUGUUUGACAGAACUCAAGCUUACGUUUGCUUCAUCAGCCCAAGCCUUUUACAACAAUGUCGCGGUAAAGCAAGUUGACGUUCCCACUUUAAAUGGUCGUUUCGGUGUUUUGGCUGAACAUGUCCCCACAGUGGGUUGUCUAAAACCCGGUAUUGUGGCAGUCACUGAAAAUGACGGAAGUGUAAAAAAGUAUUUCGUUAGUAGCGGUAUUGUAACUGUCAAUAGUGACUCAUCUAUUCAAGUUCUUGCAGAAGAAGCAGCUUCACUUGACCAGUUGGACCCGCACGCUGUUAAAGAUGGAAUGUCUAGGGCACAAUCCGAGUUGUCAAGCGCUACUACAGAACUUGGGAAGACAGAGGCUCAAAUCGCCGUUGAAGUAUUCGAAGAAAUGUCUCGUGCUCUUCAGGAACAAAGUUAAUUUAUUAUUUGUACCACCAAGUUUGUUAGACUGAAUAAUUGUAGCUACAUUACUGUACAUCUUUUCUUGAGUCUGUUAUGCUUCGGAGCCGUAAUAUGUUUUAACUAGACGUUGCUGUUCUUUUCCAAUCAUACUUUAUGUUAUUGUGAUUUAGGAGUUGUGGGAUGUGCUAACAGGUUUUUUGCAUUGCUUGAGACGAGUGACGUCAAAGCUCUGACUGUCGAUGAAUUCGAACCCUAACCGACCAUUAUUGAAGUGCACUGAAUUUAAGCUAUAUUGUAGUAAUUUUAUUAUGUAUAUCGAAUAUCUCGUUUUGUAUAUUUUAAUUUCUUGUAGUCAUUCAGAAGUAUUCAAGCAAUGUUUUAUAUUUCCGAAUUCUAGGAAAAUAAUAGGGUUAUAAACUGCUUUGAUGGCAAGUGAGCAAAAGUAUGGAUUGUUAUUGGGCAUGAUUAGUUAACUAAUAAGUAUGAUUUACCUAGAUUUACAGCUUUCUAGUGAUCAAGUGAAAUCGCCUAACAAUUUAGGAAGCCCAGUUUAAGAGUAUUCCUAUGAUAGUUCAGAAGUUCAUGCUUCAAGUAGAUUAAGACGUUUGGGUGACAUCAGAACAAAAAGAACACAAGAGUUAGUUUGCACAAUCAGGAAAUAUGUAGGUAAAAAUUA